GUCCCCAACAUGCCUUUUUACCUUAGCUCAACGAACUGUACAAUUUGGAACUGUACACAUACCAACCCUUCUCUCUCUCUCUAAGAACACACUCGUAUAACUAAACAGUGCACCCCAAGCAACGUUGCUUUCGAUAUACUUCAAAUGGCUGAGAAGUAAGCUCCCCAUCACAGACAGAAAACACACAGAAAACAGAAGAAAGAGAUUGGCCGCCAUUGAAGCUCCCACCUUCUCCUCCACCUCCAUCUCUUCACUCAUAUCUAUAUCUCUAUAUAUAUGUAUACACUUUAUAUAUAAAAAAAACAUAUAUAUAUAUAUAUAUAUAUAUUAUUGGUCUUACCUCGCGGUUACCACGCCCCCAUUUUUCCUUUUUCUUUUUUCUUUCCCAUUUUCAAGUACCUUUCAUUCAAUUUCAACCAUUUCUUUUCUCUUUAUCCAUCUCCAUCACUUCUAAAACUCGAUUGCCUCAAACCCACUUUCCAAUUCUACUAUUUUCCUGAGUUUAAAUUGAAUUUAGUCAACUGGGUUUUUCUUUUCUGCUUUGGAAUUCUUGUGGGUUUGGUUUAAAAAAAGUGCCCAAUUUGAUUUUUUUCACCCCCGAAAGCGAAUUGGUGGCAUUCCAUGGAGACAGCAGCAGGAGCCUUACCCGGAUCUACGCCGGCGGCGGUGGCGGCAACUGAACACGAAGAACCCGGGUUGGAUUCCCUCCAAUUUCGAGAAGAAAUCCAGAGGCUCAUCACGGUGCCGCCGGAAAACGCCAGCUCCUUCACGGCGCUUCUGGAACUCCCGGCGACUCAAGCAAUGGAGCUACUGGACCACACGCUGGAUUCCGAGGGAACUCCGACGCCGACAACUCUCUCCGGCGAGCAAGUUCAGAAGCCGUAUCUCCAUCCUCCAUUCAACUCUUCCAAUCUGACAUUCCCCUCCAAUCCUGCUCUAAUCGAACGAGCAGCCAUGUUUUCGGUUUUCGCCGGCGAGAACUCGCCGGAGACGAGCUCGGUGCCGUCGAACUCGAGCGCGAAUUUGGAGAAGGUGAAGAAUGAGCCCGUGGAAACGGAUUCGAACCCUAACUCAUUCCAGCAUCUAAGCUCCGAUCCGACGGUGGAAAACAAGAACCAGAGGCCAUCGGCGAAGAGAAAGGAGCGAGAGAAAAAGGCAAAAGGGUCUACGAAGAAGAGCAAGAACGAGAAUAGUGAAGAUGCCGAGAAGCUUCCUUAUGUUCACGUUAGAGCCCGUCGUGGUCAAGCCACAGAUAGCCAUAGCUUAGCAGAGCGAGCUAGGAGAGAAAAAAUUAAUGCUAGGAUGAAGUUACUACAGGAGCUGGUCCCAGGAUGCAACAAGAUUUCAGGCACAGCACUGGUGCUGGAUGAAAUUAUCAACCAUGUACAGUCCCUUCAACGUCAAGUGGAGUUCUUAUCGAUGAGACUUGCAGCAGUCAACCCAAGAAUUGAUUUUAACCUUGACAGUAUAUUGUCUACAGAAAAUGGGACUCUAGUAGAAAGUAAUUUUCCCAGUGUGGUUGCACCUCUGAUGUGGCCCGAAGGCCCAGUUAACGGGAACAGACAACACUAUCAACAGCAAUGGCAUUUUGAUGCGCUUCGCCAGCCACUUUGGGGGAGGGAAGAAGACAAUCACACUUUCAUUACUCCAGAGAAUUCACUUUUGAGUUACGAUUCUUCAGCAAAUUCAGCAUCCCUGCAUUCGAGUCAAUUGAAGAUGGAGCUUUGAAGGGCAUAGUUGUCAGUUCUACUGGUAGCUAAUAGUGUAUAUAUGAAGGAUAUAGUAGUAGCAAGUAGCAGGAGGUAGAAGAGGGAAUUCUUCGACAUUCAAGGCAGGUUUUCCGUGUUUCUCUACUUAUCAGGGUCAGCCAAAACUCCCUCAAGUAGAGGGAACCCAAAAAAAAAAAAAAAAAAAAGAGAGAGAGAAUGAUUUGGGUAAUGUUAAUUCUUAGUAUGAUAUAUAAUAUCAAUAUAUAUUACUAACUUAAAAAAAAGGGGGUCAUUCAAUCUGAUACUUAUUUUGUCAGAUGAUUGAUUGAUUCUUUACUGUAAAAUCAUUGAACCAACUUAUUGUUUUAACUAUAUUAUGGAAGCUUAUUUCUUCA